AUGCGUUCUAGUUCUGAUACAUCCCUCCGCCUACCUAUUUACACCCCGUUACUUAAAGUCCCCGCCAACAAUGGAGAGCUCGAGACUUUGUGUCUAUCCAGAAGUGAUGUCGAGCAGUGGUUGCAAGAAUGGGAUAUCUUUGGGGAAGAGCGCAGUCAAUUCCUCAAGUCCAUUGUCGAUGCAUUCAUACAAUCUGACCAGCCGGAAACUGCAUAUCAUCACACGCUUUCCAAUGUUUCUUUAUUACCAUCCUCUUGGGCUGAAAGUCAAUCCGCAGCGAUCGAUGCCAUAGCCUUAGCAUUGCGCUUGCCCAGCUUGUUUGACUUUGACCCAUUGUUCAAGUUGGACGCUGUUGUCUCAGCAAAGGAUCACGGGCUUUUCUCGCUUCUGCAGCUCGAAAGCCAUCCCGCUGCUCUCGAAAAAUAUGAACUCGACCGAGCACAGCUUGAGCAGGUUUCGUCGAUCCUGCGGAUUGAGUCGAGUCAAAUAGAGAAGUGGGCGAUCGAUGUGUCUUCUUCCUGGAAAGACCACACAAUCUCUACACGUUUACCGCGUACGCUUGAGCGAGAGCAAUGGGAGGCACCGGAAAGCGUCUUGUUACGUGGAAGGCGGGCCUAG